AUGGCGCAGGCUGCUGAACCUGUGACAUCCGGGAACUCCACAGAAGUGGAAGGCAGAGAGUUGGUUCUGUUCUUGCUCGGGAAAACUGGUCACGGCAAAAGUUCUACUGGCAACACCAUCUUGGCGCGGCCGGCUUUCGAAGUCCACUAUUCAAAACCAUAUGGGAGGGAGAGCAGAUUCCCGAGGACUGGAGCACUGGAGUCAUUGUUAAAGUACCAAAAGAAAGGAGCUCUCGGAGACUGCAACAACUGGAGAGGUAUCACGUUGCUGUCAGUUCCCAGCAAGAUCCUGGCCAAGAUUAUUAUUAAUCGGAUGUCGGAUGGCGUGGACAGCUGCUUAAGAAAAGAACAGGCAGGAUUCCGCAAAGAAAGAAGAUGCACAGAUCAGAUAUUUGCCCUCCGCAACAUAAUAGAACAGUGCACGGAAUGGCAGAGACAACUUUAUGUCAACUUUUCGACAGUGUUCAUAGAGAAAGUCUUUGGUACAUUCUACGAUCUUAUGGAAUCCCUUGCAAGAUAG